AUGAAAAUACAAGGAUUAUUCUUAGUAGCCCUUAUGAUUGGCUCUAUCUAUGCUCAAAUUGAUGCAAACUGUGCCAACUACGUAUUAACUUCUGCACAGUUAGAUCAAUUUGGUCCCGCUGUAGGUGGUUCUGCAAUUACCUUUGCUGAUCCAAACGUUCCAGGUGGAUUCACUACUUACAACUUUGUCGGAAACAACGGUAACUUAGCCAACAACGGAAACCAAAUCACAAUCACCGGAGUUAUCUCCCCAGCUGACGGAUCAUCUGUUCCAACCUGGGAUGUCAAGAUGGUCUUCAACAAGCAAGCUUCCGGAACACCAAAGAAAGAACUCAAGCCAAACGCCUACGCUCCACAAGGUCCAGUCGAUCCAAACACAUGGCAAUACUACGCAAUCGAUCCAGCUCAAUCAUCUUUCGUCGGUCACGGUGGUAGCGUCGACGGUGUCACAAUGAACUUGACUCCAUUCGACGGUAUGUUAUUGCAAGUCGGUGUUGGUGCCAACGGUAAGAACGUCAACAAUGGUCUCUCUGGAUGGUUCUCAUGCUCAUUCUCAAGAAACGGUCAAGUAUUCUACACCUCAACCCAAGUCGUCGAUAUCAACGUUGAUAUGUCCUGCAGAGCCACUCAACCACCAACUCAACCACCAACUACCCCACCAACUCAACCACCAACCACUGGAACUCCAUCCCCAACUGUUGUCACUGGUAAAAUAUCUACAACUACUACUCCUUCUUCUACUACUUCUACUACUCCUCCUCUUACUUCUUCUACCUCAUCUUUCACUACAUCACAAACAACAUCUAUUCCAACAACCACCACAACAACUACAACACCAAUCACUAUAUCACAAACAACAUCUAUUCCAACUACAACACAAUUCACUACUUCACAAACAGUAGCUGAAAGCACAACACCCACUACUUCAUUCUCUACAGCAGCAUCUAUUUCUACUAUUACACACAAUACUACAAAACUUAUUACCACUACUGGUACUCUUAUCACUCUUUUCUCUAUUCUCUAUUCUCUAAUAAAUCUAACAACAAAUACUAACAAAUAA